AUGUAUAUCUUCGUAUUUUUGCCGAAACGUUCACCUCAUAUUUAUUAUGUUUAUUACAUUUACAGAGUUUGUUUUAUAAUGAAAUGGACUAAUGAGCAUGAUGUCGAAUUUUGCAAAGAGGUUAUUGCUUCCAAGCUUUUUGAAACCAAGAAAAGGUCGGCAGAAAGAGCUCAGGUAUGGGAAGCUAUUGCAAAAAAAUUGGAAAAAGUGGAAUAUCCUAAAUUCAAGGUGGAGCAACGUUCUGUCAGAGACAGAUUGAAAAAACUAAUCAAACAGUUUCGGAAAAAGGAAAACGAUGAAAGACGAGCCAGUGGAAUUUCACCUGAAUUAACAGAAUUGGACACACUGCUGGAGGAGAUAAGUGAAAAAGAGGAAGCAUCAGAAACCCUGGCUGCAGAUAUGGGAGAAAGGGAAAAGAGGCGUUUGGAAGAAGAUCACAUGGCAGGACAAGAGAUGCGAAAAAGAGCCAUGCAAACUUUAUCCGAGACCCAGAAAAGAAAUACAAAAAUAGAUCAAGAUAGUCCCAAACGCAAAGUCAGAAAGGGUGGUAAUACAGCCUUGGCAUUUUUAGCAGAAAAGGCAGAAAAAGAAACAAAACUGAAGGAAGAGAGCAACAGGUUAGAGAGGGAGCGCCAGGAAAUGGAAAAGGAAAAACAGACAAAUUUAUGCAACAACAGAAUGACAUGUUGA